AUGGAACUCACCAAACUUCUUACCUUCCUUGCUGCUGUCCUGCCCGCCGCCUACGGUGCCCCCCAGAAGAUGGCCAACAGCAUGCACCCCAACAUUCUCGCCGCCAUGAAGCGCGAUCUCGGCUUGAACACUCGGGAGUCCAUGGCCCGUGUGGAGAGAGACCAAAAGGCCGCCGACGUCAUUGAGAACGUGCGCCGGUCGACGGGUGAUGCAUUUGCCGGAGGCUGGCUCCACGGCGACGAGGUCCGCAUCGGCGUCACGGAUAAGGCUUCGGCCGAGCAUGUAACUGCUGCUGGCGGCACUCCCAUCAUGAUGCGCAACAGCCUGUCCAAGCUUGAGAAGAUCAAAGCGGGCUUCGACGACGCCAUGAUCAAGCAAGGCAAUGCGACUGCCUCGGACGACACCGGCGUCAAGGCCAGAGAAGACUUGGGCAACUACGCCGACAUUGCCUCGUACUUUGUCGAUGUCGCUUCCAACAAGAUCGUCUUUGAGGUUGUCAACGGCAACCAGGACAGUGCCGACAAAAUGGCCAAGGACGCUGGGCUCGCCGCGGAGGAGUACGAGGUGCGCAAGGUUGACGACUACGCCGUCCCCUACGCCCAGCUCCAGGGCGGUGAUAGCUACGGCAUCAACAACCAGUUCCUCUGCUCAGUUGGCUUCGCGGUCAACGGCGGUUUCAUUUCCGCUGGCCACUGCGGCCAGGUCGGCUCUACUGCCGCGGUCAACGGCCAGGUCAUUGGGCGCUUCGCGCGAUCCAACUUCCCUGGCGGGCUGGACAUGAGCUACGUUCAGACUGAGCAGGGAACGACCGUGGCCCCGACGGUCAACGGCUACAGCUUUGGUCAAAGCUAUGAGAUCAAGGACAGCCAGCAGCUGCCCAUCGGCGCCGCUGUCUGCCGCUCUGGCCAGACGUCGGGCGUUUCGUGCGGCACCAUCACCGAGAUGGGAAAGACUGUCCAGUAUGGGCCCGGCCAGGUCGUCGCCGGCCUCACCCAGACCGACGCCUGCUCUCAGCAGGGUGAUUCGGGCGGCUCUUUCUGGAAUGCAGGCCACGCGCAGGGUGUCCUGUCGGGUGGUCCCAAGGACCCCGGCGGUCCUUGCUACAGCAUUUUCCAGCCCAUCGGCCCGAUUCUGCAGAACUACGGCCUCACUCUGACUACUUCUCAGGGCGGCAACCCCGGAGGUAACCCCGGUGGCAACCCCCCCGGUGGCAACCCCCCCGGUGGCAACCCCCCCGGUGGCAACCCCCCCGGUGGCAACCCCGGAGGUAACCCCGGCGACAACGGCAACGGCGGCGACCCCUGGGCCGGCUGGCCUGGCUGGGUCAACUGGAACAACUGGAGCGGCGGCUGUUUCUCGCUGCCGCCGCCGCCACGCUUGUACGCUCCCCCCCUUCUCGUCCUCGCGCGCCUCCCCAGGCCGCUCGGGUGGUCCAGCGCCAACACGCGCCUAUAG